AUCAGCAAAAAACCACAGUGAUUGAAAACGGUGAAAUCAGAUUCAAUGGAAAAGGGAAAAAGAUUCGGAAGCCUCGAACCAUUUACUCUAGUCUACAACUCCAGGCUUUAAACCAUCGCUUUCAGCAGACUCAGUACCUGGCACUUCCAGAGAGAGCUGAACUGGCAGCUUCAUUAGGACUUACCCAGACACAGGUGAAGAUCUGGUUUCAGAACAAGCGCUCCAAAUUCAAGAAGCUGCUGAAGCAGGGCAGCAACCCCCACGAGAGCGACCCUCUGCCCGGCUCUGCUGCCCUCUCCCCUCGCUCUCCAGCUCUGCCUCCGGUCUGGGACGUUUCAGCUUCUGCCAAGGGAGUCAAUAUGCCUCCCAACAGCUACAUGCCUGGCUAUUCUCACUGGUAUUCUUCUCCACAUCAAGACACAAUGCAGAGACCACAAAUGAUGUGAAUUGUCCAAGA